UACUCACCUGUGAAUGUUGUAUUAGAUCGCUUCGACACAUCGCGCGUCGCGUUCAUUAGACAGUGAAGAUGAGAGUUGUGUUGAGUUUCAUCUGCACAGCUCUUCUGCUCUCACCGGUUUGGUGCGGGUCUCCUGACACUGAUAGGACUCGUCUUGAAGACUUUGUGCAGUUUGGACAAGCUCCUGACACAGUGAUGGACAAAUGCAGUGUACAGGUCCAGUAUAACUGCUCUGCUGCCUGCCGAAUCGCUGUCGAAAUAGUUAUUUCCACCCCAACAAGGACAGGAGUGAUCGUUUACAGAAGGUCCUGGACUAACCAUAAGAGGUUUGGAAAGCCCCGGAGCAGAAAGGUUCCUCUGGUGUUUCCUCCAGCUGUGCUGUACCGGAGAGACAUGUCUGUCAGUGAUGUGGUGCUGAGGGCCUGGAUGCUUCAUCUGGACCAAGAGGAACUUGGUGGAAACCAUACUGAAGGAUAUGACCGAUCCCUCGUGAGGACAUCUACGUCUGUGAGGACACUGCCAACAUCUCAACGUCCAGCAUAUCCACAGACAGGAUCGGUGUCAUGGGGUGCGUGGCUGAUGUGGCAGCUGACCAAAGAUACUGUGAGAAAAUGUCCACAUGAGUCAGAGACUGUGGAUAUACUUUCUUUUCCAUUUGCGAGUACCGGUGAGAGGUUUGGGGUUAUACACACGUUCUCCCCCUUCAAAAACAGAGAUCUAGAAAGGAGACGCACCCUCGCUCUCAAACAGCCAAGUGCUGCUCUGUCAUUGUGGCUCUACUUGCUGAGCUGGUGCGGCCAGUCGUUGUGUGGGAUAGUCAAACAUGUCAAUGAACACAGGAAGUAUGGAAGCCCGCUCAUUAUGCUAUCUGACGCAGGCAAUAUAGUGCUGCAGGUGCAAAUGGUGGAUGGAGAAGAGCAGGCGUUUACAGCACACACAGCGUUACCUCUUCAUACCUGGAUCCGCCUGGACUUCUUCUUAAAUGUGUCAAAGGCAAAACUCACAGUCACUAAGGUCUUACCUGCAGGACAGACGUCGGAGAACACUCAUCUUUUUAAUUUUCGCCAGCCAAUUAAAUUCAAUGACACAUCAGGAUAUUUUGUGAUUGGUGGAUGCAACUUCAUGAAGGGCUUUCAUGGCUAUUUUGGACCAAUCAGAUACUAUCGUUUAGGCUCAGAAAAGGUGAAAAACCCCCUGUCCCCUGUUAGGACGCUAAAAGAGCUGGGCAGAUUCCACACACACUGCGAGGAAAUGCAACAGGUUACUGAGCACUAUCUGGAGGCAUUGAGACAGAACCGAGACGUCUCUACAGAUGUUUGUGAGUCUUAUUAUGGAGACCUCAGGAGGAAGUUUGGUCGUAAGGAAUGCACACAAACUUGGUCGUGGGACCAGCAAAGAAGAUUCAACAUCGCCCUGAGGCUUCUAGAAGAACACCAGGACUUCAUAACAGGUCUGGAGAGCAGUGGUGGACAUUUGCUACAUCUAAGCCGAGUGAUUUUCCAGGAUGUGUUAAAGACAGUCAGUAAAGCCGAGGAAUCUGACGGCGGCCUGGAUCUCAUUGAGCAGCUUCAGGUGUCUCUCUGCUGGGGUCACCAGCACUCCUCUCUCCUGCUCGCGACCCUUCACCUGGCUGGCCUGGGCGUCCCUGUGGACCUGGAGCAGGGUCAUGUUUAUAGUCUGAUAGGCGGCGUCUCGGAUGACCGGCUCGCUCUGAUGCAUUUGGGAUACAAGCACAUGGAGGGACUUGACGGUUUCCCCAAAGACCAGAAUACAGCAUAUGGCUACUACGCCAACAUCGGCAAACAGACCAGCAUCGACCACGAUAAAGUACAAGACUCUUCGCAAACUCCAACAGAACAUGUUCAUUUAAACAAUGACGACGAGCUCCAUACCCAAACGGGCGAACAGGGCGACAUUGUGCAGUAUUUGAAACACCAGGCCAACAGAGGAGAUGUAGAAUCUCAGAAAUCGUUGGCCAGGAUGCUUCUUUGGGGCAGUAAUGGGGUGCAGAAAGACAUUCAGACAGCGGCCAUGUGGUACGCCAGGAGCGCCCUGCAGAUGGUGGAUCCCACGGCCAUGUACGACUACGCCAUUCUCAUCCUGAAGGGCACAGGAGUGAAGAAGAACCGGACGCUUGGCCUCGAGCUUCUGGAGAAAGCUGCUGACAUGGGUUCUGUAGAAGCUCUGAAUGGACUUGGAUGGUAUUACAGUAACAUAGUAAAGGAUGGAAGAAAAGCCAUUAGAUAUUUUGAGUUGGCGGCUCAGAACAGCAGUCGGGAUGGGCUCUUCAAUGUGGGAGUCUACCAGUUAAAUGGUGCCAGUCCUGACAAACCAGACAGAAAUGAGACCGCUGCGUUCCAGUUCUUUCUGCGUGCGGCUCAGUUGGGUCACGUGGACGGCGCUGUGGAGGCGGCAUCAUUUCUCUCCACUGGAACUGUAAGAGGAGUGGCGAGAGAUCAAGGCAAAGCUGUGCUGCUGUUGAAGCGAGUCAGUGAGAUGAAUGGCCACCUGGGCUUCAUGGUUAAAGAAGCUCUUCAGACUUAUCAAAGAGGAUCAUGGGAUGAAGCGUUGGUGAAAUACGCCAUUCUAGCAGAAACUGGUCUUGGUGUGGCACAGCACAAUGCCGCCCAUCUGUGUGAGGUGUUAGGCCACAGUUCUGCCUGUCAGUGGAGGUAUCACAACUACUCUACCUACAACCACAUCCCUCAGGAAGCUGGUUUGUUGCGGAUGGGAGAUUAUUACAGUAAACUGGCUGAUAUGGUGAAGGCCAUGCACAUGUACAGUACAGCAGCAGUGCAUGGCAGUCCUCAGGGACUCUUUAAUCUGGCCAUGUUAAUUGAGGAGGGUUAUGAAGUUCCGGACAUCGUUCUAGAUCAGUUGGGAAUCUCAGCUGCACACAAUAUGAACCGGAGAGUUGUUGUGGAAAAUCUAUUAUCCAGAUGCAGGGAGUUUGAGGAGGGGGACGUGACUCCCUGUUCUUUAGUCCUGUGGAGGAUCCAGUUAAUCCGAGCGUGGAGAGACUUCACACACAGCUCUGUUCUGCUGCCGCUGGCCUGUGGGAUCGCCGCCAUAUUCAGCCUUUUUAUAAUCGCUGUGCUAUUACAAACUCUUCUGGCAUUUUACUCUACGGCUUACCUGUCAACUAACCAAUCAUCAGAGAGACGUGGUGAACCAGCAGUCGGCGGGCAAGGAAUCAGUCCACUGGAGACCAGUACACAUCCGCAGCAAAGUGACCGGCCUACAGCGGCCCACAACAGCCUUUCCCUGCAGCAGACAUCGGAUUUAGUCGUCACAGUGACUGGGGUGUGUGUGUGUGUCAUCUUUACGAUGGUCAUUUCCCAUCUGCUUUGAACACUCACUCUUGUGUUCGAUAAACACCCUUUACUUUAGGUUACUGCACUGGAACUGAACCAGUAUAAAUGUACUGCAUUCGCUCUGGAUGAAGGCUUUUUUGGUAACCUGUUUAGUUUGCACUCAAAAUCACCUUUUUUUUAGGUGAAAUUAUGUUUGAAUACUAGAAUGUUUGCGGUGCAAAUAAAUGUCACGUGAUACCUCAAA